AUGGGAACUAAUUUGAUGAACGGUAAUCACCUUCAUGUGAGAUGUAUGGAUUACAUCAUGAAUCUUGUAGUCCAUGAUGGUUUAGAAGAAUCUUCUUUGUCUAUUGAACGUGUGAGGCAUGCAGUGAGAUACAUUAGGCAGUCACCUGCGAGGUGGAAUUCUACCUACUUGAUGUUGAGUAGGGCUGUUGAAUUUGAGAAUGCAUUUUCACAUUAUGCUUCUCAUGAAAUUGGCUUGAGGCAUUAUCUUGAGCAUUCUUAUAUUGAAGAUGGAGUUCCUACGGGUGAACUUUUGAGUAGUGAUUGGAAAAAUCAAUUGAUAGAAAGUGAAGAUAUUGUUUUAAGUGAAAUGGCAAUAAAGAUGAAAGAAAAUUUUGAUAAAUAUUGGAGUGUUCUAGGGAAAAUGAACAAGAUAAUUUUUAUUUCAUGUAUUUUGGAUCCUCGUUACAAGCUCGAAUCAGUUGGUUAUGCACUUCUAAAGAUGUUUGGUGAAAACCCAGGGGCAACUAUACAAGCAAAAGUUAAGAAGUGCAUAACUUCAUUAUUUAAUGAGUAUUUAAAGUCCAGCUCAAAAGGUGUCGCGCUUGCUUCAUCUUCAAGUUUCUCUUCAUUGGACACUUCUACUUCUGGGCUUAGUGGCAGUCAAAAAUAUAUAAUUGUGAGUGGAGGUGUGGAUGCUAGAAAAGAGUUAGAUAAAUAUUUUGGUGAAGAAACUGAGGAUGACACUAAAGAAUUUGAUGUCCUUCGCCGGUGGAAAAUGAACUCAGCUAGAUUUCCUAUUCUUGUGGAUCUGGCUCGUGAUGUAUUAGCUGUUCCAGUUUCAAGUGUGGCAUCCGAAUGUGCGUUUAGUACAUGA